AUGCAAGAAUUCAUGACAGUGCUACCGUAUGUAGAGCCCGUUCACCUGAAGAGAGUGCAAUUGGACAUUAAGGACCAUACUAUAGACAUGGAAUCCAUUUUCAAAUCGGAACAAUGGAAAAAAUCCAAUGGCUUGCAAUUAACAGUUUCAAUGAAUAUGGUAUCAUCGUCUCAGUUGAGAUCCGUAAAAUGGGCACUUGUCAAAUGUACAAAUCCAAAAGAAAUCCAUAUCCACUAUGAUCACAUCGAUGAAAAUUCACUCGAUGAUUUAUUUGGUCGUCCGUUUCGAAAUAAUCGUGACGAAACUGUUCGAGCAGUCCGAAUCCCUGAUAUUGAACAUGGUUUCUUGGAAACGAAAAUUUCCAACUCUCCGGAUGUGAUAAGUUUUAUUUGGAGAAAAUUUGACAAUGAAGUAAUUGGAGAGUAUGGGCUGGAACAUUUGGCAGCUAUUAUUCCGAGAUCUGAACGGAUAUUAAGCGCGUUCGAAAAUCCACUGAUUUUGAAAAAUGUUAUCGAGUAUCUUGGAUGUUCUGAUAUACAACGAAUGCGGAAACUUUCUAAAAAUAUUCGAAACUGCGUCGAUCUCAUCAAAACGGACCCAAGAAUAAAUAAGUUAGCUGUAAGAGUUGAGGGAAUCAAUACUAUUAAACUGGAAAUAAGUCUUCGCAAUGAAGAAUCGGUUUCAAUUUUUUAUUGGCAAAAUGGAAACAACUGUAGUGUAAACCGGAACGUUCUGAAGAAAGAAAACUUCCGAUCCAUUUUUAUAAAAGACUUUGAAUCCAGUUUGAAAGGACAGAGGAGAGAACUGGAAGAGUUUUGUGUUGAUUUUUCUUAUCGAUGUCGAGAGAAUAAGAGUGAAAUGGAUGAUAGAGAGAAGCUAGAGAUGGAUACGAGUCCUUUGGUUCAUCUGCUUGAAGAAUAUUUGAAGUCUAGAAACUCAAAUUUGCAAGUCAAAAAGCUUACUCUUAUUGGUCUAAACCAUUAUUACAUUCUUCGAAUUCUGCCAUACAUCGAUCCCGAUUUUUUGGAAAAAAUCGAAUUCACUGACUCCAGCAGAUCUGAAAAAUCAAUCGAUAUUGAAGAGCUGUCAAUGUUGGAUCAAUGGAAACAGGCAAAUGAAUUGGUCAUUAGCAGGAUUAUAGUUUCAACUCCUAUUUCAAAACUGGAAGUAUUCAACUUUUCGAAAGUGGAAAUUAUGGUUCAAACAAUUACCGCAGAGGAUGUCUUAUAUUUGAAAAGAAAGUUUCUUCAACCAUCUUCUCUACUGAAACUCAAGAUCACACUCGAGAGUCCGAUUACCGAGAAUACAAUGACUGAUUUAUUGGGACGUCCAUAUUCAAACAAAUUCCAGAGAAGUGUAUGGUACUUUAGAAUGAGAGAUAACGAAGAAGCCCUUCAUAUAAUGCAUUAUAUGUCCAGAUGUAUUAUUUUUACCCGAAUCGACAUGUCUACUGUUCCAGAUGAUGCCCUCUUAGAAUAUUAA